AUGGAAGAUCAGGUCUUUACCAAUGUUUAUCAAAAUGUUAACACCACCAAUAUCUACGAGAUUCCAGACUCUGAGGAAGACAAGGGGUGUAAUCUUUAUGAUCGUGCUCGUGAAGAUCCACCAUCCCUUUCUUCCAUCACUACUAUCCCAGAGAGCAUGGAUAGUAGUCAAGAGAGCUCAGAAGAUAGCUGUAGUAAUUCUGUGGCCUCUCAGCAUGGGGCUGAUGGGGAAGAUGGUUCCUCUUCAUCUCACCAUGGUGCUGAAGACCACCCAUACCAGGAGGUGGAUAUAGUGAGCCCAACUCUGGAAGAUAAACAUGUAGAGGGCAUAAUGUUUGAGAGCAACAUGCAUUUUCCUCCGUAUUUCCAGUUGCGUCGGAGCCAGAGCACUUCUUCCAACUCUUUAACUUCCCUCAAGUUCCCCCUUAACAAUAACUUCGGAGAAACUGACAACUUUCAGGAAGAUUGUGAGAUUUGUGUGUUUGUAAAGGCUGGUAUAGAUGGAGAAAGCAUUGGGAACUGCCCGUUCUCCCAGCGUCUCUUCAUGAUCUUGUGGCUCAAAGGAGUUGUGUUCAACGUCACCACUGUUGACCUGAAAAGAAAGCCAGCUGACCUACACAAUUUGGCUCCUGGGACUCACCCACCUUUCUUGACUUUUAAUGGAGAAGUCAAGACAGAUGUUAACAAGAUUGAGGAAUUCUUGGAAGAGACUCUUGCACCUCCAAAGUACCCCAAGCUGGCUGCUAAGCACCGGGAAUCAAAUACUGCUGGAAUUGAUAUCUUUUCAAAAUUUUCUGCAUACAUCAAAAAUACCAAGCAGCAGGAUAAUGCUGCCACACACCGUUAUGUUUUAUGCCUGGCACAGAAGCAGGUGAUAACCUUCUUCUCCCUUGAAAGAGGUUUGGUGAAGGCUCUGAAGAAGCUGGAUGACUAUCUGAGGACCCCUCUGCCAGAGGAGAUUGAUACACACAGCACUGAAGAGGAGAAAGUAUCUAAACGCAAGUUUCUGGAUGGAGAUGACCUGACACUUGCUGACUGCAACCUUCUGCCCAAACUCCACGUUGUCAAGAUUGUUGCAAAGAAGUACCGCAACUUUGAGUUCCCGGCAGAGAUGACAGGGCUGUGGCGGUACCUGAAGAACGCGUAUGCCAGGGAUGAAUUCACCAACACCUGUGCGGCAGACAAAGAAAUUGAGCAAGCCUACGCAGACGUGGCCAAGCGGCUCAGCAAGUCCUAACUGACCUCAGCAGUGGCUCGAUAUCCCCUUUUUACAGACUCUUCUCCUUGUUGCCUUAAGAUAUACUUUAUCAUUAUGCUAGCUGGUUGGCAUCCCUAUGACUUCACCUGUUCAAGUGUAUUGGUCAGGGACAAAUCUCCUUCUCCCUGGAGAAAAGAGAAGGCAGCUCUAGUGUGGGGGGUGUGGACCCUUUGGAAUCUGAACCUAAGAUCUGGCUCAACUAGUAUUAUUCACAAUCAGUAUUGGAAAUGAGUCCACUUUACUAGUUUCUUGUUUCAUGUUGGGGGUAUAUAACCACCUGUAUUCUUUGGAGUUUUAAAAAUAGGAUAUUAGCUGAAAUUUCAAGUAAGAGAGUUAGGAACACAUAGAACUGGUUCUUUUGUAGGUUAUUUCAUGGACACUUUUUCCUGCAGUGCUAUUGAGAUCCUUGAGGCAGGAGCAAAAUAUGAGAGAGAGGGGAAAAGAAGGAGUUUGACCCUAAAGGAGAAAUGCUCUUAGCAGUUAUAUUUUCCAAAACUUUCUGAAUACAUAUUCUGUUCUAUCAGGCCCAAGAGAUUAUAGGGUAUUUAUUUUUAACUUGGCGCAAGAGGGGGAAGCCUGAGUGAAUAUGUCAGACUUGCAAAUGCUACUUUGCAUAAAAUUUGCAUGAUGCUGUUGGAUCUGAAUGUUUAAAACGGAAGAAAGUGAAUGAGCGAUUGAUCAGGCUGCCCUUGGAAGAGUGGGGCUAGUGCCAAAAUGCCCAGUGGAUCUGCUAGUUGGUAGAGACACGCAGACAUAGCAAUAAUGGGGGCAGCACAUUGACUCCAGCGAGUAGAGGGAAUUGGCACAGCUAACCAAACCACGGAGGAUAUUGUCAUCUUGACUGUAUGGUUGCCAGUUCCUUUAUAAUUGCUAUCUUGGGAAACUUGGAUAGGCAGGAGAAAGCUGUCGCUGCACACGGAUUCCAGGCAGCGGAAGCGCUUUCUUCGCGUUGGGCUCCAGAUGGGUCACUUUCAAGCACUCAUCAUCUCACCCCAGGAGAAGUUUGCUUUGAGAGCCUCAAAAAGGGAAGACUGAAAGAUAGAGGCACAUUUCCAGCCAGAAAUUCAGCAAGCAUGCUAGCAGAAAUCCAUGCAUGAUGCCUUAGUCCCACUCCUCCAAGGUUUACUGAUCUGGGUUACAUGAUUCUGUAUUAGGACUGUUUGCUAAAACUGAUUAUUUUAUUCUAUCUGUAGCAUCUGCCUGACACAAUCUGCUUUAUACUAGUGAUUGUUUGCACAUUACUUCAGCAAAUACAGAAUGACAGCUCUUUUGCAUGAAACUCAUGUGCCCUAGUAUGUAUAGCAGUGCACAUGGCUGUUGAUUUUCAGUUUGGGGCGAUUUAUCAUUGUUUUCAAGGAUAAAACAAAGCUGAGCUGUGACCCGAUGUGGCUCCCCUUCUGAUUAGACCUACUAGAGUUGCACUGAUCUGAGGGGAACCCCAAUCUGGUGAGCUGUGACUGAGGGGAACCUUGCAGCAGGCUUGUUUGCAGCCAGAGAGCUGGAGGACUGGAGACAGUAUCGAAAGCCAGCCUCUGCCGUGUGAUGCUGAUGACAGUCUGAAGCCAUCCUGUUGCUUUGGUGGGAUUAUUCCACUUUUCACACAAAACCCAGCUGGGAGCAGAAUGUUGCUCGUUGACUGUGAAGAUAGUUUGUGGUUGACUAUUGUUUUGCAUGCAGUGGUCAAUUUGUUCUGAACUUUCAAAACCUUGGAAGAAAAUCCAUGAACUCCCAAGUCAUCUCCUUAAAAUGGACUAUUUUAACAAGGGCUAGACUUGAGGGCAAAGGCUUGCACUCUUUAAAAUAUUGCUGAGAAAUCAACUGGCUCAGAGAACACUAAUAGCAGCCAGAAAAAUCUAAUGAGAUUAGAAGUGUCUGCACAAGCACAUGUGGCUUGUUAAAAACAUUUCUUCAUGAGAUUGGAAUUAUUUGUGAUUUUUUUUUUUUUUUUUGUAA